CGUACCACUGUGGGAGAGCAUACACCGGCGCACUUGUCAAAUGUGCCUGUGUGUUGGAUAAUCAAAAUAAAAGAGCCGCAGUAGCGUGAUUUGUAUUCUCUUAAGAUAUUCUGCAAAAUGCCGGGGUUUACCAGUCUACAAUUUAUGCGAUGUUUUCACAAAGGAAUACAAUCGGCGCGAGGUGCAGCUGUACUGAACGUGGAGACGAAAAAGUGCGUCCGAAAUCCGAACAAAUCCAGUCCGCUUACGCAUCUGCCUGAUUACACCUUUAUGGAUGGGCGUGUAACACCCUUCGGAGCCAACCAGAAGAAAAGGAUCGUCCAGCAACGAGCAAUCGCUCAGCAAAUCGUCACACUUUCCAAAGAGGUAGACUUUGCCGUAGAACGGCACAAGCGACAAAAAGCGGAAGCGGAGGAAAGCAAACGGAAGCUGCUGGCGGAAAAGCUUAUUCCCAAGGGACAUUUGCUGCUGAAGAAGAAAUGAACGUGAGGCUAUUAAUGCGAAUAAAACAUGUAGCUUUUAGUUGUUAA